AUGUCAAAUCUUGCGAAACUUGAAUUUGUGGCUCUUGAUAUUACUGGAAAGAACUAUUUAUCAUGGAUAUUAGAUGCUGAAAUCCAUUUGGCUGCAAAGGGUCUUGGUAAUACUAUCAAGGCCGGAAAUAAUGAAUCGGAUCAAGAUAAGGCCAAAGCUAUGAUAUUCCUUCGCCAUCACCUUCAUGAGGCUCUAAAGAAUGAAUAUUUAACUGUUAAAGACCCAGAGGUGCUUUGGAGUAAUUUAAAGGAAAGAUAUGACCACCAGAAAACUGUGAUACUUCCCUCAGCUCGUUAUGAAUGGCUAAAUUUAAGACUGCAAGAUUAUAAAUCUAUUAGUGACUACAACUCAGCCAUGUUCAGAAUAACCUCUAAACUGAAACUAUGUGGGGAAAAAAUAACUGAUGAUGAGAUGUUGGAAAAGACUUACACCACCUUUCAUAAAGAUAACCUCCUUCUAAGCAAACAAUAUCAUGAAAAGGGUUUCCAGAAAUACUCUGAACUCAUAUCUUGUCUACUUGUGGCUGAACAAAAUGAUGAGCUAUUAUUAAAAAACCACGAGUUACGACCUACUGGUUCUGCACCAUUCCCUGAAGCGAAUGCUGCAUCCCAUGAUGGAAAGACAAUACAUAAUAAAGACCAUGCCAGUAGCAGGGGUCAAGGUCGUGGUAGAGGUCGUGGCGGUGGAAGAGGAUAUAGGUCGAGGUGGUUAUGGACCUAG